GCUUUGGCGGAAAGACGGCUGGGGACCCGGCUGGCUUUUCCUGUCCCCUCUGGAUUUGUUGGUGUUAAUGCAUCUGACAUCAACUAUUCAGCUGGCCGCUACGACCCUUCGGUAAAGCCCCCCAUGGACAUAGGCUUCGAAGGCAUCGGUGAGGUGGUAGCCUUAGGCCUCUCUGCUAGUGCCAGAUACACAGUUGGCCAAGCUGUGGCUUACAUGGCACCUGGCUCUUUUGCUGAGUACACAGUUGUGCCUGCCAACAUCGCAACACCAGUGCCCUCGGUGAAACCUGAGUAUCUCACCCUGCUGGUAAGUGGCACCACCGCAUACAUCAGUCUGAAAGAGCUUGGAGAACUGUCAGAAGGGAAAAAAGUUUUGGUGACAGCAGCAGCUGGGGGAACGGGCCAGUUUGCUGUGCAGCUUUCAAAGAAGGCAAAGUGCCAUGUAAUUGGAACCUGCUCUUCUGAUGCAAAGUGUGCUUUUCUGAAAUCUCUUGGCUGUGAUCGUCCUAUCAACUAUAAGACCGAGCCCAUGGGUACCGUCCUUAAGCAGGAGUACCCGGGAGGUGUCGAUGUGGUCUAUGAAUCUGUUGGGGGAGCCACAUUUGACUUGGCUGUGGAUGCCUUGGCUACCAAAGGGCGCUUGAUAGUCAUUGGGUUUAUCUCUGGCUACCAAACUCCUACUGGCCUUUCGCCUGUGAAAGCGGAAACAUUGCCAGCCAAACUGCUGAAGAAAUCUGCUAGCGUCCAGGGCUUCUUCCUGAACCAUUACCUCGCUACGUAUAAAGAAGCCAUGGGCCACUUGCUUAAGAUGUGUGCGAGUGGAGACCUGGUCUGUGAGGUGGACCUUGGAGAUCGGUCUCCGGAGGGCAAGUUCACUGGCCUGGAGUCCAUAUUCCGUGCUGUCGAUUAUAUGUACAUGGGAAAAAACACUGGAAAAAUUGUAGUUGAAUUACCUCACUCUGUCAACAGUAAGCUGUAAAAACAGAACAAUAACAUAAAUCAAAGGAGAAAGAAAAUGGGCACUUUAUGCCUCAGAAUUACUCAAAUCAAUUUAUUUUUAGUUGGUAAUGGAUAUAAUAUUUCUUAAAACAAAAGUAAGGUGUUAAUGAAUAGGUUUCUCCUUCAAUGUCCCUGUGUCUGUCUCUCUCUCUCUCUCUCUCUCUUUACUCCCACCUCCCCUUGGGGGAAAAAGUGCUAAUAAAACUUCCCUCCACGGCUAAGAGGUAAAACGUUUACAUUCAAUUCUUUAGUCAUGGAUGGUCUCAUUCCAAGUUUUAUUGUUCUAGGAAACUAAAUUAAUUCCUGAUGCAAGAUCUGAUCAAAUCAGUAUGUCUUCAGCUUGAUGAGAUUUUAAAAUCAGUUUUUAAAAUAGUACACAAAUUCUUCUUUGCUUUGGGAGAAUUUGGUCUUAUGCUAAUGAAUUCCUAAGCAAGAGAUGUAGCAAAAACCAGCCAUGUAUUUGCAGAACUCAUAUCCUCAGGAAAUGGUCUCCUUUUUUUAUAAAUCACUAAAUAGAAAUUUAGAGGAGUUUUCCCCCAAAUUUGAUUUUGUUAAGUUAUUCAAAAAAUGAUUCCAUGAACACAUAUAUUUUAAAGUAUCACCGAAUGGCUUUUGUCUACAGUCAGCCUGGUGAGGCUCAUGUGAAAUGGAAAGUGUCUGUCUCCUCCUAAGAAGCAAAUGAGUGUUGAAAACUUACAUAGAUGGAAUAUAGGUUUUGGAAAGGAAAACUGCAAUGAUUAGGGGUACUUUCAAAUAUUAAUAUAUGCACAGGAAAGGGGAAAGUAUGUGCUACGUUCACAGUGAGGGUUCACGUCAAAAAAUAUAGACCAAUAAUAACACAUUUGCUUCUCCUCAGAAGCUUCCAGACACGGAAGGUGUAUGUUAUCUUUGAUUCUGGGUUCCCAUUUCACUUCUCCAAGUGUUCCCGGGAGAUGAGACGCUCCUUGGCACUCUUGCCUGACGUCACACACUCACCUACCGACCACACGUGAACAGUGGAGAAGCCUGCACCUUCUCCUCUGAUGGUGCCUGCAGUUGAUCUGCCUGCCUCUUAACCUCCAGUGCCCCCAAGACGGCAGCAGCUUUCAUCGCCAUGCUGAAAUCCCACAGCACCUUUCUAAUUGAAGGUGAAGCCCACCAGCCUCUUUUUCAGAGUCUUGGGUUUCCGCGUCUCUAACAUGCUCAAUAAAUAUGAACACAACUAAAGAUGCUCUGGGAAAGUUACGGACCAUAUUUAAUUUUUCUUGCCCUCCAUCUGAGGAGCGAGGAGAUCCUGCCGCUGAAUAGCUGUUAGUAUCUAUUUUACAAGAUUUACUCAUUUUCAGGUACCUAAUGUAGCUGCUAGCAUGCAUGCACAACAAUACAAUUUAUAUGGUAAAUGGAACCAAAUAAUGGCUUCACUGAAUGUUAUGGCUGCACUGAAGGGAAAUGUCACGGUAAAUAGCUGCCAAAUUAUGGAUCAUGCCGAAGUGUCACAACUGCACUAAAGACAAAUAGCACUAGAGGCUAUUGCCACUGUGACGCUUUUGAGUUAUGAAGAAGGGUAGCCGCCUGAUGCGAGGCUCUUUGUGUCCUCAUUAUAGCAAAGGGUUACUGGUGCAGGGGACAAGGAAAGCUCGUCCAGUGUGGUGCUUAGUUAUUAAUCUGUCCCUUUCAGACCUAACAGCUGUAGCAAAACGGAGACUUUACCUCGCUUUUUGAUACACAAACAAACAAAGAGGGGGAGGGAACAGGUUUUAUGAAUGUAACUGGGCACAGGAAAUGACUGGUCAUGGAAAAAUGCUGUAAUAAAAUAAUCUAAUCAAAGACUAUUAUUAAAUUGGCGAUAGUAUAUGUC